CUGUUGGUGAGAGCUAUGGGGAAGGAUUACUACAAAAUCCUUGGCAUCCAGUCAGGUGCCAACGAGGACGAGAUUAAAAAAGCCUACAGGAAAAUGGCCCUCCGAUUUCACCCAGACAAAAACAAGGACCCCAACGCGGAGGAAAAAUUUAAAGAGAUUGCAGAAGCUUACGAGGUUCUGAGCGACCCGAAAAAGAGGGUGAUUUAUGACCAGUAUGGAGAGGAUGGUCUCAAAACUGGUGGAAGUGGUUCUUCAGGGGGACAGGGCAGCACAUACCACUACACCUUCCACGGGGACCCACACGCCACCUUCGCCUCUUUCUUCGGUGGCUCUAACCCCUUCGACAUUUUCUUCGGAUCAAGCCGCUCCAGAGGGACCACCAACGGUUUUGGCGAUCACGGCGACCAUGAUAUGGACAUUGACAUGGACGGAGAUGACGACCCGUUCAGCUCCUUUGGUCAUUUUGGCUUCAACGGCCUUAACGGCUUCCACCAUGGCAUGGGUCGCCGACAUCACACGGAAUCUCUCCACAGCAGCAGGAGGAGGGUGCAGGAUCCUCCGGUGAUUCACGAGCUGAAAGUCUCUCUGGAGGAGAUAUUCCACGGGUGCACCAAACGCAUGCGGAUCACCCGCCGCCGACUCAAUCCGGACGGCCGGACUAUGCGGACUGAAGACAAGAUCCUGAACAUCGUCAUUAAGAGAGGUUGGAAAGAGGGGACCAAGAUCACUUUCCCGAAGGAGGGCGACGAGACACCCGAGAACAUUCCGGCAGAUAUCGCGUUUGUGCUGAAGGAUAAAGGACACCCUCACUUCAGGAGAGACGGAUCCAACAUCAUCUACACUGCCAAGAUCAGUCUUAAGGAGGCUCUGUGUGGCUGUACGGUGAACAUCCCCACCAUUGACAACCGCGUUAUUCCUCUUCCCUGUAACGACGUCAUCAAACCCAGUACGAUUAAGAGACUGCGUGGGGAGGGGCUCCCCUUCCCCAAAAACCCCUCCCAACGCGGGGACUUGAUAGUGGAGUUCCAGGUACGCUUCCCAGACCGGAUACCCCCUCAGUCCCGCGAGAUCAUCAAACAGCAUCUGCCACAGUCUUAG